AUGGCCGACUCGCUGACCGAAGAGCAAGUCUCUGAAUUCAAGGAAGCCUUCUCUCUCUUUAUCACCACCAAGGAGUUGGGCACCGUCAUGCGCUCUCUCGGCCAGAACCCUAGCGAGUCGGAGCUCCAGGACAUGAUCAACGAGGUGGACGCUGACAACAACGGAACUAUCGACUUCCCUGAGUUCCUGACCAUGAUGGCCCGCAAGAUGAAGGACACGGACUCCGAGGAGGAGAUCAGAGAGGCCUUCAAGGUCUUUGACCGCGACAACAACGGUUUUAUCUCGGCCGCUGAGCUUCGCCAUGUCAUGACCUCGAUCGGCGAGAAGUUGACUGACGACGAGGUCGAUGAGAUGAUCAGAGAGGCCGACCAGGACGGCGACGGCAGAAUCGACUACAACGAGUUCGUCCAACUUAUGAUGCAGAAGUAG